AUGGACCGCUACGAGGACUCCUUUGAAAGCGCCACCACUGCGACAGACGUGGAAGACGGCACCACGUCGGUGCGCACCCGUUCCACGACAGUCACUUCAGGCGGGUCUGUCGAUGCUAACAACGAAAGCGGCGUUGACAGCUCAGGUGAUGCCAUCUCGGAUGGCAAGGGAAGGAGCAACGAACUGACUUCGGUCUCUGCCGCAGGGUUCUCACCGAUGCCAAGUUAUCCGGUGCCCCCCUUGCCUGCGGCUCCAGUUCCGGUACCGGUGCCUGUGCUGUCACUCAUCCCUUCACCGGCAUCGCCGCUGAAUGGCGGCAGCGUGGACGGCUUGCGCGCGUCGUUCACUUCGCCUCCUGACAACGCGGUGGUUUCUGAGCAGCCGCUUGAAUUUGGUCAAUGCGUGACGGGCGGAGAAGCAGAGGGUGGGAGGCGGGACACGAGUCUGACUGACAGCGCCAGAAUUGAACCCUCUACCGUGUACGAUGCCUCGGGAGUUUCUCGCAGCGAAUUUGCAGGGACCGCCAGCGAUGACGCCGAUCACGGUCAUCAAGGGCCGAAGGGCGUUGGCUUCGAGACUCUCUCCCGGUUCGUGGCCUUUCGUUCCAGAGGCAGUGACGGCACGACGGGACCGACGUCGGAGCGGCGGAGCUCCGUGAUCGAGACGGCAAUGUCAGCCUCCUCAGCCCUGCUGGGCGGGAUGCUCACCGCGAAGCGAGUGACAGAGGGCCGUGGUCUGAGGGAGAGCGACGAGAGGUGGUCCACUGACGACUCUAUAGCUUCCCAGUCAACAUUGGCGCAGCCGGCCGAGUUGCCACAGAAAGUCUCGCCGGAGUCGAAGGCGGCCUCCAUGACUGCGAGCAGCGUCUUCAGCACUCUUUCACAGCAUCUACAGCGACAGAAGCCGUCUCGACAGCGGUCACAGCCGGCCUUUUUGUCAGCGCCAGCGACUGCCUCUGCGGCAGUCACCUCUUCGGUACCAAUGCCUGCAGCCACCAUUCCCGAAACGUCGUACGCCUCCACUGAAGGACCAAUGGCGGCACCCGUCCCACUCCUAACCCGCCAGCUGCUAAGCCCCUCACAACCCCCCGCUCUAGCCGUGUCGACAUCGACACCGCAAGACUGCGCUUCUCUCCCUCUCCCAGCGCUGCCGCCACCGGGAUGGUCCUCCAAGAUCGCCACCAACAAUUCCACCACCAUCACCACAGAGGCUCAACAGGGGUGGAUGAUCGGUGACGUGCAGUACCUCCCCAGCUCGACAGAUAAGGCGGCGGUCCAGCAGAUACCACCGCUUCCUUCGCCAUACGAGCAUCAUCGGCACACUACGGAGCAGACGCGCACAUCGGAGCUCCGCGAGGCAUCAGAGGCGGUGGAAAGGCUAGUGAAGGCGUUCGCAAUGUUGAAGGGAUACAGCCGCCUUGAAGGAGCGCAAAUCAGAAGUCGCACCCUCGCUGAUGGCGUGCGGACCCCGGUGGAAACGGCAACCACUGUUGUCGCCUCUGCUCAUCGGCUCGGGAGUGUUUCCACUGUGCAGGUGCGUGACGCUGUCCGCCCGCGCGGACCCCGCGUCUUUGUACCUGAAGUGGCGUCGUCGGCCAUUCGUGCCUCCAACUCAGCCGUCGCGGCUUCACCGCAGCGAGUGUCUGCCUCUCCCCAAGAGGAGAGGGAGAGCGUGGCCGAAGGGGUCGUGCUGGACUGUGUACUUGAACUCUUACAGGAGCAUACAGGUCGCACCGCGUCCUCCUCCGUGGGUGAGCACAAGGGGGAGGGGGCCAAGAGGACAAGGCAGCCAACGACAUCGUCGUGGCAGGGGGCGAGACCUCACUACGAGGUGGUGACGGCUGACGCUUUCGUGUACGGAGGCGGCGCGAUGGGCCACGGGCGAGCUUCGCACUUUGCGGCUGGCACCACGUCUGCGGCUCCGCCGUCCCAUGUGUACUUUAACCCAUCAUCAGCUUUUCUGGGGGGGCUUGGUCGAAGUGGUGCCCCUUUGUUCGACCCCCGAGAUCGGCAGAGCGCUGUCGACCUCUACAAUGUCGUGCGUGAGGCGCUCGAUAAAUAUGUACUGCGCCGCGUGGUGAUGGGCGCAGGGAGCGCAGAGGAGCCCCAGUCGCGCGCCUCUCGCCCCCGCAUGCUGCCCAUCACUGCCACAUUUGCGUGGGUAUUACUACUGGACAUGGUGAGUCUGUGCGAGGAGAUAGCCCGUGUUGCCUACGACGCAGCGCCGUGCACCCCGAGCGCUGUGUAUCCUGUGCUCGCACAGUUCAGGGGGGACGCGGCGUGCGAGGAGGUUGUCAAGGCGGCGAUGCACUGCUUACCCUUUGAAGCACUCAACACUGGCGAUGGUGACUCCUCCACGCCAGGGGAUGGUGGCUGCAUCUUCCGCAUGGCCUGCUGGGUGACUAAGCAACAGCUAUGGACCAUCGCUGACGCUUUGGCCGAUACGAUUCGCGAGGACGCGGUGAGACGCGCCAUGGCACAGCAGUACUCUCCGUUUACCGCGAUCCCAGCGACCGAGGUCGAUCCUCGUGUGCUGGUCCCUCCCACCACUCCACUGCUUACUCUGCAGCCGCUGCCGAGCCGGAGGGGUGGCGGUGCCGUGCCGAUGGUGGGCGAUGCGGUGGAGGCGUCGGCCACUGCCGCGUCGUACUCACGAGUGCGUCGAGGCGGCGGAGGAGAGGGAACAGGGCCUGGUCGUAGAAGCGCCGACAACGAACUCUUCGAGGUGCCUACCGCUGCAUUGCAAAAGGUCGCCUACCAUAUUUCUGUUCUCACCACAGAUCUGCUCUCUGACAUGAGCACCGCGAGUCAUCGAGCACUGUCGGCCUUGACUGCUGAGGAGUACCCCGACAUUGCCGCUGCAGUCGCCGAAACCCUGAGCGAGCUGCUUCAAGACGAGUCCAUCAAAGCGGCUGUGCAACGGCGAGCUGCAGAGAAGGUGAAUAAGGCACAAAUGGCGCGUGCUAGUUUCGCUGGAGCUACGCGUCAACGCAAGGAGCAAGCCAUCAUUGAAAAGGCGGAGAGAGAGGCAGAGGAGGUUGUGCGGCACAUUCUGCAAGAGGUGAGGACACAGGGGGUUGCCUAG